CUGUACGUUGUCGGAAGAUGUAGAACUCUCUCUCAUUUGCAGAUAGUAAUGUGGUGCAGCCACUGUGGAAAAUAGCUCAUGAGCUCCUCAAAAAAUUAAACACAGAAUUACCCUAUGACCCAGGAAUUCCCCUCUUAGGUAUAUACCCAGAAGAAUUGAAAACGGGUGUUCAAGCAGGUUCUUGCUCAUGAAUGUUUGCGGCAGCACCGUCCACAGUAGCCAAAAUGUCAAAACCACCCAAAUGAAUGGAUAAGCAAAACCUGGUUAGAUACACAACGGAGCAGUAUCAGGCGUAAAAAGGAAUGAGGUGCUGAUACCUGCUACAGCACGGGUGGACCUCGAAAACAGGUCACAUAAUACAGGAUUCCGUUUCUGUGAGAUACACAGAUGAGAUCUGAGGAAGCAAACAAAGCAUUUUCUGCAGCCGUGCAAAUGCAUGACGUGCUGGUGAAAGCGUGGGCCAUGUGGGGCGAUUAUCUGGAGAACAUCUUCGUGAAGGAGCGGCAGCUGCAUCUGGGUGUGUCCGCCAUUACCUGUUACCUGCACGCAUGCCGGCAUCAGAAUGAGAGCAAGUCAAGGAAAUACUUAGCCAAGGUGCUGUGGCUUUUGAGCUUUGAUGACGACAAAAACACUCUGGCCGAUGCCGUUGACAAGUACUGCAUCGGCGUGCCUCCCAUCCAGUGGCUGGCCUGGAUCCCGCAGCUGCUCACCUGCCUGGUCGGCUCCGAGGGAAAGCUGCUUCUGAACCUUAUUAGCCAGGUUGGACGCGUGUAUCCCCAGGCGGUCUACUUUCCCAUCCGGACCCUCUACCUGACCCUGAAAAUCGAGCAGCGGGAACGCUACAAGAGCGAUUCUGGACAGCAGCAGCCAAGUUCAGUGGGUAACCAGUCCCAUUCUGCAUCAGAUCCAGGGCCCAUAAGAGCAACAGCACCCAUGUGGCGCUGCAGCCGAAUCAUGCACAUGCAGCGAGAGCUCCACCCAACCCUUCUGUCUUCCCUGGAAGGCAUCGUCGAUCAGAUGGUCUGGUUCAGAGAAAACUGGCACGAAGAGGUAUGUGGAGGGAACCUGUCGUCCGUGUGCCGUGGGCUGUCUUCCCUUCAGAUUAGCUGCCUGGUCGUGUCUGUGUUCUGUGCUGUCGAAUUGAACAGUGGAGUGAGCAGAUAGCUGAUGUCUGCGUACUGAUGUCACCUCAAAUAUUUGAAGCAGGGUAUGCCUGAAGAAGAUGAAAUUGAGAAAGCCAGUUCUGGCCUUAACGUGCUUACUGUGCUCACGUCUGUGGGCUGUAAUUAACUACCACCUAAUACCAGUUAACCAGCAGUGGC